CAAAAUGUUCAAGAGGCGAAUUUGAGUUUGUUGCUGACUUCAGAGCAGAUUCCCUGGUAUGAGGAGCAUGUUGUGAAGAGCAGGUUGACACUGAGUCGUCUGAGUGAUCCCAAACAAGUCUCUUUCAAAAGCGGUCACAUUUCAGUUUUAAACUCACUCUAGAAGGAGCCUUGACCCUGCUAUGCCUCCUUCCUUCUUUGGUCCCCUGGGUUUCUUGCUGCUCUGUGCUCUCUACCAUCCAGUAGGAUCAUGGUGGUGGUUUGAGGGUGAUGUUUCGCCAACCACUCAGACAAUACAGCAGCCUGAAGUGACAACACCCUCCUGGCCUAUAAGAGAAGAUGACGUGCAGUUAAUUCAAACUUCCGAAAAGACAUCUAACGAAAACAAUGCUCAAGGUAUUGAACUACAGGAGGACAUCAAUCUGUUCAGUCUGGUUCCUGAAGACUCUCCAGGUGUAUCCAAGACAGAAGGGCUGGGUGGGAGAACUGGGUUGAAUUUCCACAAAGAUUUCACCCCCACACCACGCUUAAUUCAAACUGUCUUUCCAGAGCCAUUUUACAAGGAUUUUGCCAUCCUAGUCACACUGAAGCAAACCAAUUUGAAGGGUGGGGUGAUCUUUGCAGUCGUGGAUUCUUCUGGGAAGGUCAUUAGCCUCGGAGUUAAGUUAUCCCCAGUGGAAGAUGGCAUGCAACAUAUCGAACUUUAUUACACCCCUCCAUAUUCUGAUGCUUCCAGAAAAGCAACUUCCUUCAAAGUGCCGGCCAGGAUCAAAAGGUGGACACAUUUUGGGCUCCGUGUUGAAGGAAAUUCGGUGACCCUGAACCAGCAAUGUCAGAGGCCCCAACGACUUAAAUUCAAAAGGUCAUGGGAACCUCUAGAGUUUGAACCAGAUUCUAAAAUACUCGUUGCAAACGCUGAAGAAGCAGACGGGGACAAAUACAUUGGUGCCAUUCAACAAUUGACCAUCACACCAAACCCUGAGGAUGCAGAGAAGCUGGAGUACAUGAUGUGUGAUGAUAACUUGGUGAUUGAAGGUGAUGAUGAAGAUGACCCAGAGGUUUCUGGUACGAUGGAGACUGUGGAUCCAAACAUUCAGAUCACCACAUUACAACCGAAACUUCCUGACCAACCAGAAGCAACUCCAGACCAGAAAUCCAUGUUAGGCUCUGGGGAGGAGACUAUUACAAGUGCUCCUGUCAAACUGGAUAUUUUAGAUGUGAAAGAAGGCAUUGACAUCAAGCCUGAGAUUGAAGAGUCCUGGCCAUUGUCAAAAGGAGACAAGGAUAAAGUUGAUCCUUGUGUCUGUCCUGUGUCCCCUGGACCUCCAGGGCCAAAGGGGGAGCAGGGGAUCCCAGGCCAACCCGGGCUAUCUGGAAAAGAUGGAGCACCAGGUCCCAUAGGUCCAGCUGGCCCUGAGGGACCCCCUGGACCAGCAGGAUUACUCGGACGACCUGGAUUACCUGGGUCACCUGGAUUACCUGGACCACCAGGAUCGAGUAAAGAAACCAGCUGGUUUGGAAAUGCGAGAGAAGCUCCUGGAAGCCCUGGCAUUCCUGGGGAAUCUGGGAUAGAUGGACUCCCGGGGCCAAGGGGCUUACCGGGUGAGACAGGUUUACCAGGAAUUCCAGGACCACGUGGACCAGCAGGGCCUCCGGGGCAAAAAGGAGACAAAGGGGAUAAAGGGCCUAAGGGUGAAGAAGGGCAGCGAGGACUGCCAGGGAUUAGCCAUCCUGGAACUAAGGGUGAAAAAGGUGACAUUGGACCUCCAGGUCCAGUACCACUCUGUCAAGAUGGUUCACAGUUUCCUUGUCAAGAAUACACCGUUAGUGGUGAAAAGGGUGAAAAGGGGAAUCCAGGUCUUCAAGGUGAACAGGGUUUCCCUGGACCGGCUGGUCCUCCAGGACUUCCAGGCUCUAUUGGACUACCAGGGCCCAUGGGUGUCUGUGAUCAGGAAUGUGUCUGCAUGCCAGGACCCCAGGGUCCCCCAGGACCCCCUGGACCAGCCAGCUCCCAAUUGUUUGACAUUUCUUCCAGUCAGAUGCUGGAGAAACUGAGGGGAGAAAUUGGCCCACCUGGAAGACCGGGGCAUCCAGGACUGAAAGGAGAGAAGGGAGAGCCGGGUGUUUCAGGAGAACAUGGAGCAGCUCCUUGUGGACUCCCAGGUACGCCAGGUGUUCCUGGUAUUCCAGGACCUCCAGGACCUCCAGGACCUCCAGGAAUUCCAGGAUCUUUUUAUUACAAUAGAAUUUUCCCUGUUCCUCCAAGACCUCACUGCAAAAUACCUGUGAAUCAAGACGUCAGGACCCCAGGUAUUCUCACUUGUUGUAGAAACAUGUUUGCGCUGAAAUUGGAAAAUUUGUGACAUAGCC